CGGGUCCCGCGGGGCGUCCGGCUCGCCCAUUGGCCGGCCGGCCGGCGCGUGUCUGUUGCGCUGUGUCCCGCCCGGUCCCGUGCCGGAUGGUUCCCGCCUGGAUGGCAUCCAACUACAGAAAACCUGGCUUAGCUACAGCCCAGCGGAAGAAAAGUGGCUUGAAACCCGAACUUACCGAAGAGCAAAAGCAGGAGAUCCGAGAAGCUUUUGAUUUGUUUGACACCGAUGGAUCUGGUAGCAUCGACAUCAAAGAACUGAAGGUUGCAAUGAGGGCUUUGGGCUUUGAGCCAAAGAAGGAAGAGAUUAAGAAAAUGAUAGCAGACAUUGACAAGGAAGGAAGCGGCACCAUCGACUUUGAAGACUUUUUGGCCAUGAUGACACAAAAAAUGAGCGAAAAGGAUUCACAGGAAGAAAUCUUGAAAGCUUUCAGAUUAUUUGAUGAUGAUGGGACAGGAAAAAUUUCAUUCAAAAACUUGAAAAGGGUUGCCAAAGAGCUGGGAGAAAAUCUAACAGAUGAAGAACUUCAGGAAAUGAUCGACGAAGCUGAUCGAGAUGGAGAUGGGGAAGUAAGUGAGCAGGAAUUCCUGAGAAUCAUGAAGAAAACUAGCUUAUAUUAAUAUUUGUUGCCUUGCUAUGCAGCUUAUCCAAAAGAUAACCUGGGAAAGACUUAAAAACUGGGCUUGUGUCUCCUGCAUAUUUUCUGUCAUAUAAAGUCAGGAAGGACAGAUUUUUUUUUUUUUUUUGUUCAUUCUUCUUUU